GUUUGGGUGACGUUUUAAUGAAGCGACGGGCUAGCGCCACGUCACCUUUAAGAGACGUGUGUUUGUUUUGUUGGAGCUACUUAAGCUGAAAUUGCUGAUGUGUCUUUGAUUUCGGUGAAUUUAGCUGAUACACGUAACUAGGAAAAUGUUGGCGACUGAGGAGUUUACGCGAUUCCCCCUCUUGAUGUGGGAGAAGGUGCUGUCGAAGGUAAAGAAAUCGGUUGUUUUCAUGGAUGACAAAUGUGCAGAGGCUCUCCACUGGAGUGGAGGAGCUGCCACGUUAUUGGAAGCUGGAGCCAGGAAUUUAAAGCAGUUUUCGAGUUUCGAAGCGUGCGGUGUCAAUGAGCCUAAAGCCGUGUUUGUGGUCAGCACACUGUUGAAAGGGAGGACAGUUGACAUUAUUAAAGACAUCAUAUCCCUCAGUCACUUUCAGUACUGCGUUGUCUUUACCACCGUUGCUCACUCCGUGCACCUGCUCGUCAACAAAGUUACGACAGAAAUGGAAGGAAGCCCUGUGUUUGAGCAGUUUGAAGAGAAAUUAUGCGAGUGGAUGGGAAAUAUGAACUACACGGCAGAGGUCAUGCAUGUUCCAGUUGUCUUCGCCCCUGUGUCACAGCAGUUGAUAGUUGCACCCCCGUUUGCGCACCUGUUCCCUCUUCUCUCGCCAGACCUGGAGGCCAUCAAUGAAAAACGACCAGAGAAGAGAAGAUUUGCAAGCCUGAAUGAUAUAGACAUGCACUGUCUCCCUGCUGAACUGCAAAUUGAAGUCAAAUCCUUAGCUUCAGCGUUAAAUUCAAUGUUUGAGGCUACAGGUACGAGAGAGGAGAGUUUUGCUCUGGGUCCAAUGAGCCGCAUCAUAGCAGGGGAACUCGCCAAUCUUCCUCAAGCAAAAAACCGAAGGAAGACAGCCCCUAAUAAAGCAUCAAUCAUCUUUGUAGACCGAACGAUGGAUCUUACAGGGGCUGUUGGUCAUCAUGGUGACAACCUAGUAGAGAAAGUUUUGACUAUGCUAAAACUCUUACCGGGUCAUGUGACAGACGUGCAGGUGGACAUGCUGGAGCUCACAAGUCUGCAUAAAACCCCUCACUCCAAGAGUAUCCUGGCCCCUGGCUGUCUUGCACAGAUUCAGUCAUCUGCAAGGUCUCUGUGGGACGCCAUGCUGACCAGUAAACACAAAGAGGGGGUGAUAGAGGUCCGCCGGCAACUAGUGGAAGCAGCCAGUAAAGAGAAUCUGCCAAUCAAGAUGAGCAUGGGCCGUGUGACCCCCGAACAGCUGUGCUCCUACAUCCAGCUGUUCCGGAGCAGUCGAGGGGCGCUAGAGAGUCACUGUGGGGUGCUUCAGCUGGGCCUGGCCACGGCUCAGACUCUCCGACACCCAAGCCUGCCUCGCUGGGAUUCCUGUCUGGCCUUCGAGAGGCUGCUGCUGCAGGCUCUCGGAGACGCUGACUUCCCUGCUGUGCUGAGGCAGCUGCUGCCUUUGAUGAAGCCCCGUGGAGUCGAGGACACCUCGGCCUCAGGGUCGAGGCUCAGGGAGGACGAGUUAGGUCCCGAUGAGCUGAUCCUCCUGCUGGUCUAUCUCUACUCCCUGGCUGAUGAGACCCAGCCUGCAGAUCAUGAUACAGAGGAGGAGGAGGAGCUGGAGAAGCUGGAGAGGGACCUGAUAGGAGCGCUCACCCUAGUCAUCAGUCGAGAAACAGAACUCAGCCCAUUGCUUCAGAAACUGACUGGUGAGAGAAAGUUAUUGCCAUUGCGGUUGUUCAGUUUUGCAGACGCGCUGUAGGAAAAUGAGAGCAAAUGGUUUGUUUAUUGCUGCCCCAGUUCUUGGAAUAGGGGUCAUUUUAUCAUUGUCUUGACACUUCAUCCUUUUCUCGUGUCACACACUAUAGUGCACACACACCUACACGCAUUUUCUAGUCAGUUGGCCAAGUGGCUGUGGGAACUUUGUAUAUUUGGAUAGGUGUGAGAGAGAAAUUACUUCUACCUUUAACCUCUACAGCUUCCCUUUCCACAAUAUUAAGAUUUACCUGUAAUGUGUGCAUCUAUGGGAGUCCGUGAGAGUAUAUUGAUUUUCUCUGUACUUUACCAGACAUUUCACUGGUUUAGCUGAGCAUGUAACCAUGUGGCAGAGAAGAUCAAGGCCAGCUCAUAAGAUGAAUUAACAGUCUUCCUCCACACCACAGCCGACUGUACCUCCCAGAGUAAUGGCGUCUUUAACCUUGAGCCUCUCCUCCCCUACCACAUAGUUCAUAAUUAGCGCUGCUUUUAGUUUUGGCUGUACCUUAGCACACGCCCUGAAAUAUUACACUGGGAUUGGGGUUUUCAUCUUAUAUGGCACAUGGGGUCAUAUGGUGUACAUAUAGGGUUGGUAAAUCUAUGUAAAGCAGUAAUAAAGAUUAGUGACACAUCUUUUGUAUUUUUACUCUUUCUCUCUCUCUUUCCCUUCUUAUACUCGGUCUCUCUCUUCUUCCUGUUCUACUUGGCCAAUGCAGUUUAGAGGCGAGGGGCCUCUUGGCAGGCACAGGCUGUGAGAUGUGGCUCAUGUUAAAAACCUGACUCUCUGUUAUAAACACUUCAUUGCAAAUUAGCCUGUCAUGGUGUGCCAGGUGUGCUUUAGACAGAAAAAAACAAUGUGUGUAUGUACUCACAUUGCGCACGUCUCGCCCAUUCAGUGUAAUUUGGCAGUGUGUACACUCUUUUAAAUUUGAGUCUGUGUGUGUGUGUGUGUGUGUGUGUGUGCAUGCACGAAUGUCUGCGAGAAAGGCUUUAUGGCAGUCGAUGAAGUGCUUGGCUGGGGUAACAUGAGUCGGGAGGUCGUCUCUUUCAGCAUCCAGAGCAAAACAUUGAUUGUGACAUUCUCCCCAAUUAAAGGACUCAAAUGAAAACCAGACAUUCAAAGAAACCUGGUCGCCAUGAGAACAAUGUUUUUACAAAUUCUUUUAUUUUGUUCCCCUUGGCUACAGUACACAGCCAGAGCUUAGCUAACACGAUGCAGAUACACAGAAACACACAGCGCAUGCACAAACAUAGUGCAGAAACACAAGAAUAAUAUACACAAGCCAGAAUGCCAGUGAAAGGGAGUAAGAAAUAAGGACAAAUAAGUUUGUGAUAGUAAGCAGCAACACACCCUAACCCUUCUAACUACCUCCUUCUGGGAACUUAAUUAAAGAGCAUCUUCAGGAAAUGGUGUUCCUCGUGUGGAAUUGUUUUCUGUUCGAUGUUUGCUGCCAGCCCCCGUGGACUUUAGUUUUCAUGAAACUCUUGUUAACUUUUAAAUAUAUUCAGACAGCAUGUGUGUGGCAAGGGUUAGUAAAGCCCCGUUUGAGUAAUGUUUCUGUUAGGAUAAGGUGGGUGUUUGGUGUGUGUGGGGUUUUUUUUUUAUUAAUGCUAAUGGGGGUGGUGAAAACUUUCCCCCCAUGAGUUGAGUGAAUUUCAACUCACAAAUUUGCAUCAGGGACAAAUAUCAAGCCUUGUAGACAGUGUUAACAUUUGAAGAAAUUGAGGGCUCGAGAGUCCACGGUGGAGUAAACAAGCUUCCAGACUUUAUUCUUGUCUUUUUUGGGGGGGCGGGGCAGCGAGAGACUGUUCUACAGUAGCAUAUAUAUGUGUACCUUGAGAAAACUCGGCGUCUUUCAAACAAAAGGGAAUUCUAAGCUUGCAGUUAAAUCUUCUCAUAUUAGUCAGCAUACAUUAUCAUUUGCCACACUCAUUUAUUUAGUCCUUGGAUAAAUACUGAAUGAUUUUAUAGAUAAACAGUCAAUGAUAGAUUUGGCAUGUUUAUAUGUUACAUCUGAUUCUGCAAGGUGAGGUUUCAUUCUCGACAUGAAAAAGCAUAAAUAUACUUUUUUUCCCAUUUCUGGAUAUGAAAUACGUUUUUUUUGGUUUUGUUACGUUUUUUUUCCACUGAUUUUUUUUAAACUAGAACACGCUAGCUGUGAAAAGGCUGUUUCAUCGGUUUUAUUUAGCUUCAUAUGUUUGAGAAUAAUGCACUCCAAAAAAGGUGGUUUAUCUUAUUGUUGUCAUCUAAGCAGAUAAAGCUAGCCGGCCAUAGGCAAGUAACCAGGACCAUAAUGCUAAAAACGACAGUACUUGUUCUUUAUGCGUACCAAAAUUCUUCGUGAACUGACAGUGCUAGUGCUAGGCAGUACUGCUACGUUAGCUCCCACCCCCACACUCAUUGAUUAGAAAGGCAGUAAGAGUUAGAUGAGCAUUUCAACUUGUGAGAUCAGCUGUUUUCCAUUGGCUAAAACAUUUAAUAAUGUCAUGUAAAUGCUUAAGCUAAAUUCUACCAUAGUAGUAAUGUUUGAAUGCUAUUCAGGAACCACCCUAACAUUUCAGUCCUGUCAACGAAAUAUAAUCUUUCUUUUUUUUUUCUUUUUUUUUAAUGUUAGUGACACAGUAAGGUGAGGUCAUGAGUUAAACUGAACUUUAAGGCCAGAAAUCAAAUGAACUAGCAAUGGGAGUCAAGGCUACAGUUUACUGACAUACUGUAUGAGCAGUUUGUCAACACAUUUUAGGGGUUCUUGCAUAACUGGAGUCAGGAAUGUCCUUUAGCAGCCAGCUCUGAGUUAGAAUUGAUGCAUGAUGAGCAAAUUACUUUAUUUGAGGACAUCGUUUAGUGGGUGCCAUAUAAAACGAACAGAAUAUCUUCAGUAAGUCUUAAAAGUACUGACCAUAAACUCAUUGUGGGAAGUGCUUAAUGUGGUUAUAGAGCAAAGAAGCCUUAUGUAUAAUCAGUUUUCUUGAUUGAGGAAUUGUCCAUUAGAAAGAAUUCAGGUUACCUUAUUGGCUUCAUUUCUCAGACCCAAAAUUUAUUUAUGCUCACAUUUAUAUUUUAAUAAUGAGCACUGCAGCUGCAACAGUUGACCAAGAAGCCCAUUAAGGUGUCACGGAUUCACAAAGCUCUAUGAACCAAAAAUUAAAGAAAUUAAAAACAUUAUUAUUUUUUUAAUUGUUUUAAUUGUGGUUACCCCAUCAAAAAUCCCAGAAAAUGAUUACCAACAAUGUGUAAUAAUUUUUCAUUUUUCCAUUUAGUCUGUGACACUGAAACCCCAGUUCAUAUGUCCCAACCCUUUUAAAAAAAUUGGUUAUGAAAAUAAUUUCAUUUUGCCAGUGUUGUCUUUAGUAAAAUUACUCAAACUGGAUUAAAUACUAUAAUUUUGAGGGGCUAUUUUAAGCAAAAGAUUUGGCACACUACUAAAUAUUUAUGGCAGCUGGACCAUGAAUAUGGGGCUGGCUCAAAAUAAACUGCAGUGUUAAUGUUUGUGGUAGUGAGAGAACAUGUUGGCCAGUGCAAGGGGAUGAUUUAAAGCCCUUGAAGACCUUUUAAUAGAUAUAAAUUAAUAAUGGCUAGAAUAUCACCAGUAAUUUCUUGUAGCAGCGCUUCUUUAAGUUGUAAAUUUGGAUUUGUGCAAAGAGCAAUGAUUUGUUUUCAUUGUUAGCAUGUGUCUAUAUACUAUAGACAUAUUGCAGUGUGUGUGCAGCAUGUAUUGUUGUAUUAGGGUAUGGAUUUGAUUAAAGAGCUGAACAGUAUUCAUCCAAGAAAAUUGUUCCACUUAUUCCAGACUGGGAAAUGAGCUCUUAAACCAAAUGCUCCGCAGCCAACACCACAUCUGGAACGAUCUGGAUUGGUUGUAGGCAACGCCGCACACAGAGAGCAAAUGAUGGGAUUGGAGAAGCAGCCCAGUUUGUCCUGAAGUCUAGAAUGUGAUUGGCUGCUGGCAGACUGUAGUGUAUGUGGAUGUGGUGUGUGUGAUGUGUGUAGGUUGUAAAUAGCUCUGAGCAUUUACUGUUAAUCCCUCAUUCAGUUGUGGGAAAAACUACAUUUAUUGUGGUAAGAGAGCAAAAAAUUUGCAUUACUUUGUGCUUUAUGGAUUUGUUUCCUGUCAGCCCUGGUAAAUUUUGGUUUUCUUUGGUUCAGAAUCAAACCUACUCCCUCUGUUUUUUCCCUUUUUUCUCUCAGCAUUGGGGUGCAGAAGACAAAAAAAGAAAUCGGGCCGAUUCAAAUGUUCUUAAUUCCCUUUUGUAUCACAUCUAGCUGGCUACGGAUGAUGGAUCGUAGUUUGUCUAUACUUAUGUCAGUGUGGGGGCGUACAGGGCGGGCAGUCCACAAUUUGUGCUGAUGCUUAUGAUUUACUCACUGCGAUGACAGAAGAAGGAAAGAAAGUCACAGUAUUCUAGGGAACUUCUAGGGAAAAUCUUAACUGAAAUGGUUGCACGGCAUGUUCUUCUCUCUCACUCUGUUUCUCAGUCGCACAUUUUGUUUGUUAUUCAUCCUGUCAGUGGGGUGUGCACAGGGUAAGGAAGAGGGGAGCAGUCGGAGACUCGGACCUCCCCAAUGCUGCUGUUUGGGUUGGCACAGCAGCAUGGGCCAGUCAAGGGACAUGAAAGGGAUCUCACAUAACUCUGGCCACCAACACGCUCUGCCUACUUUUUAAACUUUACUUCUCUUUGUUUUUAUAUUUCCUUUUUCCAUUUCUCUCCCUUUUCUCUCUUUUCUGCCUCCUUGCAUCUCUCCUUUCUGUCUUCUCCUCCCUUAAGCACCUAGCUGGUUGCAGGGGGGAAGCGGAGCAUAAGUUAGUCUAAUGAUUACGCCUGAUUAAAUAUAUUCCCCCUGUUGCGCUAUGUUUAUGAAAUUAGUCCCAAUUAUUUUUAAUUGGUGGUCUCUCUUUACUUCCGCUACUGUUAUACAAACACAUAUGCAUACAUAUAUGAGGUGAAAACCGUACGCCCCAGGGUGAACAAAGCAGCCUGUGGUGUUGUUCUCUCUAGUUCACUUCAUCAGAUAAGCUCAAGAUUUGGAGUUCAGGCUUUAAUUAGCAAAAGCUCAUCAGAGUCCUCACUGCCGGGCCAGGCAGGCCUGGUUAGCAGGCUGGGCCACACACAGAGCUUGAUGAGCCCCAGAGUCUCGCACCCAAGAAAUCUGUUCCCAAGUCAACACUGUGGUUGCUUCUCAGCACUGCCUCCAGAUACUAUACCUUUUCUUAUUUCCUGCUAGCUAUGUAAUAUACAUGCCAUUUGACAGGGCUAAAGGGAAAAUGUGUAGAUGAUGAUGAAUCACAUACUUAUAAUACUCAUAAUCAAAUCAGCCCAGCGCUUCUGUCUGUCCGCUUCAGUUUCUCACAACAUUUUCUUGGCGUGUCGUCCAUUGAAUUGAAAGGAUAUGUUGUGUUUCAAAUAACAACGUAUUGAUGACAUAAUGUCUAGCAGGCUGAAAGUGAUUAUACUUGUUAAUGGGGAAAAAGAAGAAAUAUUUUAAAAGUAGACCUUUUCAUGGAUUUUCAUAGAAUUUGUUCGUGGUAUGUUUAAAGUUUCUACAAUCAUGCAACUUUCAUUCAGGGUUAAUCAACUGCUUUCCUGUUCAUAUAAACUAUUUAUUACUUUGAUUUUCUUUUCUUGGAUUUUUUUGGUCUCUAUGUUCAAAACUAGUAAACCUUCUUUUCAAAGCUAUUAAGUAUUUAAUCCUGUUUUUGGUGUUUAACUUGCCGCUGCUAUCUAUGGAUGGAUGGAUGGAUCCACAUUCAGUUGAAUAUUGCUGCAUAUUAUACUUUUUGUUAUUAUUGUACUUAUUAUACUCAAAAAUCCACUAUUUUAAUCACAUUAGAAGACUCAAAAAGUCCUUUGGCAUCCCAGUUUUAAGACUUUUUUCUGAGACUGCAUGAGCUAUAAAUGAUACCUGUGAUCUGAUCACUCGGCAGCAAAUCAUUUUAGUCAGCAGUAGCUGCUGUUUGUUGGGUGGAUUUCACAGAACUGGCCCAGUGUGGAGUUUACACCUCUGUUUGGUUUAUGGAGUGUGUUAGCGCUCGUCUGAGAAUCCCUCUGCUUCUUAUUUAUGACAGGAAAUGCACAUCAUAAAAAGGCUUGUAAGCACUUAUCUCUCUGCUGGGAGUUAGGCUUGAUGAAAAAGGAGACUAUCGAGAUCCCACACAGAUUUGCAAAUACAUACGCACAUGCUUGCUAAACAAAGCAAAGGAAGAAAUACAUACCAGAGGCGCAUAGAGGCUGGCUCCUGAGGGACUCUAAAUGAGCCCGCGGCCCAUGGCCUCUACGCACGCGUCAGUGCAGGCGUGGGUUGCGCUUUGACCCCUGGACAGCGAGCCGGCUGAGGAGGCUGAUCGAAACCUGCAUGCCUCUCUGCACAAACGCAUCUUUGGGUCUGUACUUGUAUACAUAGGGCUUCUGCUUUACAGCCUGCAGAAGAAUUUAAAUAAGGCCUCGGAGGAUGUUUUUGUUUGAGUCUGCGGAGGUCUCUGUGCGAUUUUUCUGCACUUUCAUGGUCAUAGCUCAAAAAGUAUUCAUGAAUAAGUGUAGAAGUGUGGUUCACGAUGCCUGCAUGUGAGUCACCAGUUUUUCACCAGACCCACUUGGUUUUACAGCAUAUCUGCGUUUUAUCUGUUGGUGCGGAAGAACUUGUUUACAUUUAGAAUUCCAGUCAGCAGUGAAAGAUGACCUCUCCUAAUGUACCCGCUUUCCUCCCUAAACUGUCCCCUUUCCUCCCUUCCACAACCAUCCUAAAUAACAUUUUGAAUCAGUGGAGUCUAAGUUUCACCUCAAUCAUGUCACUGAAUGUUCAAGUAACCAAAUAGCCACACCGAGUACUGAUAAAAUAAAAGAAGGUGAUCUUGAUUAUCGAGGUCUAGACUGAAAGACCGCAGCCUUGCACUGCUUUUGCCUCAUUUGACCUCAAACAACAGGAACAGAAUGACAGUGUUUGCAGCAGUGUCCUGUACAAGCAGUGGAAUUAUUCUCAGCAGUCCUGGAAGUGAAACGGUUUCAUUCACUUUUGCUCAGUUCGGAGCUCUCCUGGGUGGAGGACUCAGCCUCGAUACCAGAUGGAAGCUCUCUUGGCGCUGAACUGGCCGGGUUAUUUCCUGUCAGGCCUGGUGUUAAUCAAGCGCUGAGCCAACAGGAACGCCCCCACCACCUCCUCCUUUUCUUUUUUACAGCCCCUCUCCUCUUACACCCCCUCAUCACGCAAAGAGACUUGAAAAUACACUUUUUUCUCUCUCCUCCCCCAUUUUUCCCCUUUAGUUUCUGUUCUUUUGUCUUCCAUGCUAUGCCCCAGCUUUGUUUAGUUUAUGACAUGCUACAAUCGGGGUGUAUUUAGUUGGUCUUCAAUCAUGGUCCAUGUUAUCAAAGUGUCCCUACUGAGAACUGCAGGUCCAGCCAAUAGAUAGAAGGAGAUAGUAAGGAAUGAGUAAAAAGGAGUCUUUCUUUACUUGCCAUCUGGUGUCUGGUCAUUUUCUGUUGUGUCUGUUGGUGUCUUCAGGAGUGUGAUGGACACAGUCACAGAUAGGCUUAUCUCCUGCUCCACCUACUCAGCUGACCUCUCGACUGAGCAGACACAGGCCUUAGAAAUGAGAGGGGGCCUCAGUUUUAGGGAACAUUUGAACUCCGUCUCUCCUUAUAUUCCUGCUGUUUUCCUCAAUUGCUUAAUGGUCUACGUGCCUUGUCUUGUGACACAUCGGCUAAGAUGUGAUUAUUUUUCAUGGAAAUUAUUUAACAGUACAUGCGCUAAGAGCCUAGAUACAUGGUUCUCAUGUGUGGCUCACAUAUCCUAGUUUUGAUUCAAGAUAAAAACAUAAUCCAGUAAGAGAAAAUUCAGUUAAGCUAAAUAUGAAAAACAAAUUAAAUUUGAAAUUUGCAAGACACGUAAUAAUCCAUUAAUGUUUCCUUAUCAUUGGGAUAGAACUGACUGCCCUUAAGGAUCACUCAAAGCAAUUUAGUUUUUCAUAUAGCACAUCUUCCACACACUUAAGCAGGUACCUCACCUACAGCCAAAUUAGAGGCAUGAGUUAACUUAAAUUGUAUACUUUUAAACUAGGAGAAAGCUGUAUUAUCAGAUAAGUGAUUUAGUUCUCAUGACCAGUUCAGACUUGUAGUUAAAAACACAAGAGCCAGCAAGUUGCUAGGAAACCAAGCAAUUGGUGGCACUAACAAAUUCAAGCACCAUUUGAAAUCGAGAGUGUUCAUUUGGACACUUGCUUCAUGUUCACACUUCAUUUCAAUACGUACUUAAUGUUUUAAAACAAAUCCGAAAAUGUGAAGUGUUCCAGUUGUUUGCCUUUGGUAGAUGAGUGUGGGACAGAGUCUGGUAAAGUAAAUGGCAUUGGGGGAAGAUAUCUUAUGUCUUUUAAAUCUUAUUGUCAGUAGAGCGUUAUUCCAUCAUCACAUCUUAUGUCUGCCUCUCCAUCAUUGGAUCUGAUCUUCUCUUAGUUCAGUCGGCUUCUUGGUCCCCUCUUACUGAUUCUUAUUCUGUUUUUCUUGCAGACAUUUAAACAUACACACACACUGGACUUGUGUUAACUUCUCUGUUACCGACAGCUUUUUGGCAUCUGCGCUGUGUCUGUGAGCCCAGCGCUAUCACAUCCGACUCUCUGUCCAGGUAAACGUCUCAUUCUGACUGGCAGAGAUGGAAGGAGGAAUGAACUGGUUCUUUUAGCUUUUUCUGUGUAGUCUCUUCACAAAGCGAGUACCGUUUUAGCAGAGAGCACUACCACUGCCAUUAAUCAUGGUCAUCCACGUCAUGUAGGCGUAUAGACAGCGAUAAGGACCUUCUACAGCCAGUAUUGCUGCAGUAAGGCCAGUAUAAACUCAGCGCCCCCCCAGAAUAAACACAUUAGAACACACACAUAUACACACACACCUUCUUUAUAACUGUCGCACUCUUGAGUUAAAGCCAAGACAGCCCACCUACUCCUAUUUUACACUAUUCCUGUAAUACAGCUCUUUCUCAUCCCUGAUCCAGAACAUACAAACUACUGCUUCCACUUUGAAAGAACUCACUAUUUCUGACUGUGCUUUCAUUUUCCUCUCCAUACAGUAGCAAAAGCAAAUUCUAAGAAAAUCCUCUGAAAGGGGUGUAAUAUUUCCAGGAAGGGAUAUAGAGUAUGGUUUUAAUUUUCUCCUUUUCCUGUUUUCUUCUCCACACCUCCUCCCUCUUUAGACUUUCUCCUUGCAUUGCUGCUGGAAGCGUACACAACGUUUAGUAGCAUCUCUCCAGGGUUUCACAGUUGUAUGCAACCUCUCCUCUCCAAUGAAACACUCAUUCACUUAGCUACACGUGUUGACAAAGUGAUAUUAAUGCAGCAUGUUGGUGUAUUAAACAGACUCAGAAUUACGACUGAAAUAAAGCACAAUCGCAAAAGAAUUCUUUUCAGAUAGUCUUAAAAUGAAAAUAUAUGCGUGUUAAGUGUGUGAAGUACUACUAGACCAGUAUUUGCCACUACUGGCCGGCUCAUUUCUGCCUCAAAACACAAAUACUUCAGUUGUUAUUGCAACAUACAACUGCAAUGAACUGCUAAUUCACUGAAUCUGCAUUUGGAUUCAGCUCUAUGCCCUGGACAAGUUCUUAAAAAUAACUUCUGUGAAAAGGAACCCCAGUCUGUUCACUUUGUUGCAAAUGGUACGUAUUAUGAGAGCAUGAAGAUAAGAAACUUUUUUGGGUGAUGCAACCAAAAACUAACUACCACUUCAGUUAAUCAACAAUCUUACUCAUUAAAGAGUAUGCAGAAACUCCCUGUGUGUGACUAUGAGUGCACCUGGGAUGUCUGCAUUACUCAGAUCAAGUGUGUAAUCUGUUGAGACAAGGUGGUUGAUGCUAACAUGGUUCCAAGCAAGCUCAAUAGACACUUGGAAACCAAACAUUCCCCCUCAAAGAAACCACAAAAGAGGUCAUGAUCUCAACAAGAGGCAGUAAGACUGUUUUUUGGACUGUGUGAAAGUGUCUGAUAAGGCAGCGGAGAUCAGUGCUGCAGUGGAGCUUAUUACAGAGACAAAGAAACCUCAGACGGCCACAAACGAGCUGUUUAAAGUGCCUUUGGCUUACAAUACAAUCAAACAAACGGAUUAUGUGUCAGAUCACAUAGAAGUGGUUUUGUGCACAUAUGCAUAUAAGUGUGCCUUGAAAUUUUGGCUUUUCCUUAGGUGUGCCUUGGGCACAAAAUGUUUGAGAGACUCUGUCAUAGACACACUAAUGUGCAUUUAAUAGCAUUGCAUUGGCAGGUCUCUUUACCCGCGUAGGCACUUGGACGCAUACACAAACUCUCAGGUGGGAGCAGCCAGCCUCUGCUAGGCCUCUGCAUCGCUGCAGUAGUCAAGUGGUUCAACACACACAACACCCACUUCACUCUCUCACUUGAACUUGACUAUGAAGUUGUUACUCUUAGUUAAUCCGUGACAGCUCUAUGUUGCAGCAUGGAAGUACAGAUUAGCUGGGAUUUUUUUGGUUUUUCUCUUUUGAGUGUUUAUGCAGGACUGGUUCAUAUAAAACUGGUGCACUGGGUUGUUUAGGUUUUGCUGACUCACUUUUAUAAGAGGUAUAAUGCAUGUCUUCAGCAGAAGUAAGACUGUCAGCCCUCAGACGCGGGUAAAAAUGCAUGCACGGUAUACGAUUAAAAGUAAAAUGAACCUUAAAAUAAUGGAAAAUGACAGGCAUAUAAAAAGACUACAUAUUUGUGCACUUUUUUGUGAAGAUGAAGCAUUGCAACAUUUCCUUAAAACAAGGGUGGCGUCAACAUAUCAAGGUCAGUAAUAAUAAGUGCUAUGUCUGCUAGCGGUCACUGUAGCGCUCGUCCACCCUAUAAUCCACUUUGAUGUGGACCUAAAACCCAGCAGGAUGUGAUGUUUAUGUAGGAUCCCUGCCUGUAUGGGUAAGUAUACAUGUGAUUCCCUUUGGUUUGUGGGUAUCGUUGUAAGUGCUCAUAUGAUGUCGAGCUCCAGGGACUGAAAAGGGAAGCGAAGCCACGAUUAGGAGGAUCUGACAUUUGCAAGAGAAGCUUCCUGUGAUACGAGGUUUCCUCUGUGUCUUUGGGACUCACCUUCUUAUCUCGCCCCCCCCGUUCUCUAUCUGGCGUUGACUACUCUCUUGAAAUUCAUUCCUUUCUUGCUCACGGUUGCGCAAACAUGUUUCCUGUUAAAGCCUCAUAUUUUAUUUAUAAAUGAAGUUUAAUUUGCAUCAUUUACAAUUUUUUUUUUUAAAAAAAAAACCAUUUUUUUCACUUAAUCUUAGUUAUAUUUAAAUUUGUUUCAGCCAGCCAGUGAUAAUGAGUGCAAAGGAAUAUAGUAUGUGUAACUCACAACAUUGAGAAAUGCUGUUUUUAAAAAAGCAGCACUAACAACAACCUCGAAUACAUAAAUAUGAAUAAAAAAGAAGAUGGGGAGGAUGAUAGGGAGGAAGUUGGACAGUAUACAAGUUGCAUGUUUUCCCAUAAAAACAGAAAAAACUGUAAUUGAUUCAAAUUUGGCCCAGUAUUCUUUAAGGUCAAAUGCACCUCUUCACCAUUUCAAGUGCUCCUGCUAAGUUUGGAUCGCCUUACAAAAGUCUCAUUCUGAUCAUUUGCAGAAUCUCAUUUGAGAUUUCACCAAACUUGCUCACAAAGCAAACAUUAACUUCUGUGUGAAGCUGACCCAACUUUCAUGUCAAGGAUCGUCACUUGUUCCAGACAUGACUCAGAAACAGAACAGCACUUUUCAGUGGUUGGGCCAGCAGUGGAGGCACAAAAGGUGAGGAGCCGGACAAGGAGCAUACAGAGGAUAGUCACCCCAAACGACCUGGGCUGUGGUGAAUGUGGUGUUUAUGGCCACACCAGCAGAUUUGCUGCUAUUUACGUUUCCUGGAUACCAGUUUCGGGUGUCUUCAGCAUCACAUAGUUGCUGCAGAUUUGUAAGCUGCACAUCAAUGAUUCAAGGCUCCUUUCCACCAAACCAAAAGAUGUCCCACUGGACGGAGAUCUGGUGAUUGUGGGGGGCAUAUAAGUACAGUGAACUUAUUGUUAUGUUCAAGAAAUUAGGUUGAGAUCAUUUAAGCUUUGUUAAGCAUCAAAAGAGGGAUAGACUUAGGGAGGGAUAAUGGGGUCGUCAACAAUACUCUGUUAGACUGUGGCAUUGAAACAAUGAUCAAGUUGUACUAUGGAGCCCAAACUCUGCCAAGAAAACAUCCCCACCACCAGCAGCCUAAACCGUUGAAACAAGGCAGACCUAAUUCAGACCCAGUUUUGACCAAAUCUUCUGAAUGUUCAGAUCAGGCAUCAUUUUCCAGUCUUCUAUUUUCCAACCUUGGUCGGUCUGUGUGAAUUAAAGUGUCAGUUUCCUGUUUUUAGCUGACAAGAAUACGACCCGAUGUAAUCUUCUGCUGCUGUAGCCCAUCUGCUUCAAGGUUGACAUGUUGUGCAUGUCAUGUAAUGGUCUUCUGCAUACCUUGGUUGCAAUGAGUGAUAAUGUUGCCUUCCUGUCAACUUAAAGCAGUCUGGCGAUUCUCCUCUGACCUCUGGCAUCAACAAGGCAUUUUCCCCAGCGAGUGGUUGCUUACUGGGUAUUUUUUCUCUGGUAACUCUGUAACAAACGACUUAGUCUCACUUUUAGCUUUUUAUAAAUUCUUCGAAUUAUCGUGAAAAAGUGUUGGCAUCACUUUACAUCAUCCCCACAGCUCUGCUGUCACAACAACAAAGUCUUUGUCCUGUUUCGUGCAUUUGAUAAACUCAGUUACACAACAAAUCGCUGUUCUCUAGGAGAAAUCUUGCUGCAGAAAUGAGAUUCCUGUAAUCCGGUAGCCCAGAAAAUGACUUUCUUUUAUCCAUAAUGUUCAUGUUGCAGAAAGCUGAUUAACGCUUUUCAAUGCUUUAAAAGUCCCCAUUACUUUGAAACUUCUUUUUUUUCCUCAUUUGAACUACAUGCAACAUUUCCAGUGUGUUAUCUGUAUUUUUUACAAGGACAUGUUCCUUGUUUUGGGGUUUUUUGGCUACCUGGCACUGAAAAGUAGAACUGAAAUUGAAGUUUAAAUGCCUAUCAUUCCAAAAUCAACAUGCCAGCUACCCUUGGAAAUCCUCACACCCAUGUAAACAGUUUUAAGUGGCAGAAACCUCCUAUGAGAGAAAUCUGAAAACUAUGUAUUUUCACAAGUUUCCCAUUUUUUUGUUUUUAGGUCCCAUGUUGAACUUCUGAUCCCUCUGUAGCCUCCACCUUCUUCAUCACCACGGGCUUACCCAGAGACUAAACCUAUCCCUCCUACCGUGUGCUACUGUUCCUACAGUUAGAGAAGUAUCAGAAACGUCUUCAUAGAAUAGUUGUCUGUGGGGAGAACACAACUACUUCCUCUGUCAUGCUACAGUGCUCUUGUAGAACUGAGACUUAAAGAUGAAGAGUACCUCCGUCUCUUUGUUCUCUGCAGCUCUAGUUUGUGAGCAAAGCCCAGUGCAGCAGCUCUUCAGUCUCCCAUGUUGAGAAGAAUCCUGUGAGUCACCUAGAUAAUCAUAUGACUAAGUCACACUAAAGUAAAGCAAGUGGCUGACCG